AACCAAAAAUCAACAUAGAGAGCACAACUAAGAGUCUUUAAUCACUUUUUUGAUCAUUUGCGCUUCGUGUUAGAGGGGUUACCAUCUUCCAUCUAGCUCUCAAAUCUUCCCAAUUUUAAGAUUCAAGCGUUUUAUUUCCUUUUCUUCUUUCAUUCUCUGGCUAAUUUGUCUUUCUACCACCAAAAAUAAAUUCUCCAGAAGAAAAGAAAACCAAUAACUAAUUUUUGAACCCUUAUAUUGUUCUUGCUUUUCAGUCUUCCAACUUUUCAGAAAGCCAAAAGGUUCUACUUGAAUAGAAGAAAAAUCCUUCUCAAAUAUUUCUACUUCGCCUUAAAAGGUUCUUCAGUAAGAAAUGGAACUUCAUCAAGUUCUACACAUGAAAGGAGGAGAUGACAGUUCAAGCUACGCAAAAAACUCAGUAUUUCAGAAAACAGUAGCAAUGAAGUCAAGACACAUUCUUGAAAGGAACAUCAAAGAUUUAUGCAAAGGAAUUAACGUGAAAAAAUUAAUAGAUGGGAAGUGCUGGAUAAGGAUAGCUGAAUUGGGAUGUGGAUCUGGACCCAAUACAUUGUCCACCAACCAAGGUAUCAUAGAAAUAUUUGACAAGGAAUUGUACCCUAAUAAUAACCUUGAUAAUAAUUUUAGGGUUGAGGUCGAUGAGCCAGCAUUACCUUCCGUUGAGAUAUUACUGAAUGAUCUAGUAAACAACGAUUUCAACUUGAUCUUCAAGUCACUCCCUAAAUUCUACGAACAACUUGAGAAGCAUGAACGCCGCCGGCUGCCCGGAACAUGCUUUGUUACCGUCGUGCCCGGUUCAUUUCACGGGAGGCUAUUUCCGGACAACUCCAUCCACUUCUUCCACUCAUGUCAAAGCCUCCAUUGGUUGUCUCAGGUUCCAGCCAAACUAAUGACUGAGGACGGUUUAUCACUUAAUAAAGGAAACAUUCUCAUAGGGGAGACUAGUCCUCCGGCAGUUCAUGAUGCAUAUUUGGAACAAUUUAAAUCCGAUUUCACGACAUUUUUGCGGGUGCGUUCGAUAGAGUUGGUGUCGCAAGGAAGAAUGUUCUUCAUCUUAUCCUCGGACACCCCUGGAGAUGUCUGCUAUCUGAACCCGACACUGAAUGAUAUGGUGAAGGAAGGAAUGAUUGAAGAGAAAGCUUUGGAUGCCUUCAAUCUUCCAAUGUAUAAACCGACUCUGGAGGAAAUGAGGUGGAUCAUCGAGGAAGAAGGCUCGUUUGAAGUGAAUCGAAUCGAAACGAUUCGAUGGAACAAAGAUGAUGAUAUUAAGAACGUGGAUCCAAGUUCCCUAAGGGAAUUGCAUGCGAGGUCCGUAAGAGCUACGUUUGGGAGCUUAAUUGGGAGCCAUUUUGGGGAUGGCAUUUUGGAUGAUCUCUUUUGCCGAUUCUCAAAGAACAUAUCUCAAUGUGCCGAGAAUUUCACCUGGAUGCAUCAUAGUUUGGCUGUUUCCCUUGUUAAAAAGGAUUAGUUCUCUCAAUCUCGUUCCCUUCUCCCACAUCUUUCCAAUCAUUGGGAAGAUUCCACCCCCGGGAACAUGAUUUGGUUCAAUUUUAAUUUUUUGAAGACACUUUUCUGCCAAAAGUUAAUUUCAAAGUUGGUUUUUUUCUUUUUUUUUUCCUUUUCUUGGUAUAAUCUAUUGAGAGAGAUUUGCUCGGUAGACUAUUUGGGUAGUGUUAAUUACCAAAAUAGUUCUUAUUCCGUUAGAGAUAUAUAUGUUUACUUUCGAAUGGUGUAGUUCAAGAAGAUUCACUUAUAAUAAAAGAUUUGGGACAUUUAAUGAAUAAUUGAUUAGUAGACACA